GUUAGGGCUUACGGGCCUCAGGGCUCCGAAAGUCCUCCACGUUCGUCGAGUCACUCCGCACCAUCCAUAUCCUUAUUGCGCCCCAUUACGGCCCUAUUAUAUCAGCCCCACCAACUAACUUAUCCGCGAACCGCCACCUAUCGUCUACUUCCGCCUGCCCUCUUACAAAAGUCUUAUCUCGGACUUUUGACGAGCGCAGCUAAUUGGACCAGCGAUCUAACGAAGGGACACCUUCGCUCGGAUCGCCAGUCUACCAUUCCUCGACCCACUAUAUGACCUUGCUUCAUGUGCAUUUCCACCUGCGGAAUCUCCAGGCCCUCCAGCGCCUGCUCGAUGGCCAGGACCGGUCCUCCAACGCCGGUUCUGGCUCAGCCGCCAUGACAGGGGGCAGCAGCAGCAGUGCCGGCAGGUCCUGGAAAGGCGCGUCUGCCGUGAAGACCGCGAUGGCCGCGUCCGAAGUGAACGCCCUCGACUGGCUGGGAAGAAGCGUCCUCCACCUAGCUUGCACGAUUCCCAACGGUGUCGAAUACGUACGCGCAAUCCUGAAGCACCCCGGCGUCAAUGUGAACCUUGUGGACACUGAGAGUCACUGGACGGCCUUGCAUCGGGCGCUGUACCACGGGAACAUUGCCGCAGCACUUCUCCUGUUGCAGAGGCCGGAUAUGGAUAUCUCACUGAAGGACUCGGAUGGGUACACUGCGUUUGAUCUCUACAACUCCACCGUGAAUGGUACCACACCCGAACCUGCGUUGCACUCGGAAUUGUACACGUGGGGUGCCAACAGAAAUGCCGCGUUGGGCCUGGUCGAUAGCAAUGACCGAACUUUUCCCGACCAAGUCGUCAUACCUAAAGAAGCCAGCGCGCCAGUGCCGGCAUCGACUGCUCGGUUCUCGCAUUUGUCAGCGCGACAGAUCCAAAUGUCAAAGCUACACACUGUCGUCGUCACCUCCGAGAGCAAAGCUAAUGUCCGCAUCUGUGGAUUCGGGAGCGGUGGACGCCUGGGACCUAGCCAACACACGCAAUAUAGUCUGAUCUCUAUCCCCCAACUGACGCAGUCGAUCGUUUCAGUUGCCUUGGGUCAGGAUCACACUCUCGCAUUGACCAGCAAUGGAGAAGUAUUGAGUUGGGGUCUUUCCCGUUUCCACCAGCUGGGAUAUGCUGUCGAGCCGUCUGCAAAUAGCAAGCUCGAGGAACCCAUCCAAUCGACACCGCGCAAGAUCUUCGGCCCUCUCAAGAAGGAAAUCGUCAAAGGUGUCGCUGCGUCCAAGCAAUGCUCUGCUUGUUGGACCGCGACGGAGGUCUUCACAUGGGGUACUAACAAUGGUCAACUGGGAUAUGACAAGGCCGCUCAACCGUACCAAGUCCAGCCCCGCAAGGUUUCCAAGGUCGUCCGGCCUGUGGUCUCCAUUGCCUUGACUGAUCAUGCCAUGGCUUGUCUUCUGGAUACUCAAGAAGUGUUCUGUGUCUGGAACGACAGGUACAUGAAGAUUGCGUUCCCGAUGCACGCUUUCCCCCAUGAUUUCCGGCCAUAUCGUCCUCCCCAAGCGAUCAAAGACGCGCACAUCGUCAAAAUCACAAGCGGGGACGACAUGUUUGCGGCUCUGUCAUCCAAUGGAGAGGUCUUCACGUUCGCCGUGCCAGAAGCUCAUGAUGGUGAAAGCAACCGCCAAGUGUUCAAGCCUCAGCGGGUGUGGGCUCUGAGAAGACAAUUCAGUGCUGUGCGAGAUGUUGCGUUGGGUGCAGACGGAAGCAUCAUCAUCUGCACUGCUUCUGGGCAUGUCUUCGUUCGUUCUCGUCAAGGCAACAAACAGUUCAAGUUCCAGCGCGUUCCUUAUCUGCAGCGUGCAACGCAAGUCUGCGGGAACAGCACUGGCGCGUUUGGGGCAUUGAGGGCCGACUUUAAACCCGUUCCUAUCCGCAUCGAGGGAAACACCAUUGCAAAUGAUCUGACAAAUAUAAGGCCAUUUCUCCUCGGGUCGCAAGCCAAUAACCGCCCGCGAUGGUCUUUCAUCGGAGACGAAGCUGAAGAGGUUGAAGAUUCCGACAUAGAGGCGGAUUUCUACCGUCUCUGGGAUCUGACGCGUGCCACCAAGAAGGGUGCAGUGUUUGACCAGACCCAUGGGGCUGACAUUCGAGUCCACGUCAAGGACAGGUCAUUCCCGGCACACUCUGCCAUACUAGCUGCUCGAUCCCCGGUCCUCUGCAGUACCUUCGCUGGUACGACAUUUCGGGAUGGGGAUUCCAAGGUCGCAUUAUCAGGUUCCUCGGCGAAACUCGAUGUCAGAGGAUGUUCUCCUUUGACUGUGCUUAUCUUCCUGGACUACCUCUACUCUGAUGAGCUGCUCGCAAUCUGGGACCGCCGGCUCGCAUUCGCUCUCCAGAAUGAGCUGACGGUUAACCCUGCGACGGUCAGAGCGGAACUGCAAGCUCUGGCGCGUUUAGCGAAUCUCCCUAGUCUUGGCACAGCGCUUGAUUCUCCCGCGAAACGUGUACCGCAGGCAACGAUGGUCCGGGACAUGAGGCAUCUGUUCCGGGAUCUGCCGGCAGCCGCAGACACUAUCCUGUUACUGGCGGACCGAGAUGUCCGUUGCCAUUCUGCCAUUCUGAGGGCCCGAUGCCCUGUGUUUGAGAGUUUCUUCGGGCAGGAGGAUUGGACUAGGAAUCGUCGCAAAGCGGAUGGGACGGUCGAGGUCAAUUUGAAGCAUCUGAGGUGGAACGUGAUGGACUAUGUGUUCCAAUUCAUGUGCUGUGGUGGCGACAGCGAGAUCUUUGAGAAUCUUGAGUUUGCCAAAUCUGUGGAUGAAGUGAUCGAGUUUAUGUUCGACGUCAUGGCAGCUGCAAACGAGCUGCUGCUGGACCGACUUCUCCUACUUUGUUCCAGCGCUAUCUUGAAAUGGGUUGACAUCAACAACGUGUGCUAUAUCCUGACCGACGCAUCACAUUUCCAUGCGCAACAGCUGGUGGAAAGCGUGCAAGGCUACAUGGUUGCCAACUUGGAGACUCUGCUGGAGAGCCGCAUACUUUCGGACCUCACUCCAGCCCUCAUCAAACAGCUGUCGGUCUUCCUUGUCAGGCAUCAGGAGCAGAAGAGCCCUACAGUGCGCCGCAACGUGCUUGCGAUCGGGGCAUUGGAAAAGCACGCAGACUGGCUUGCGAUACAGGAUUUUCCGGAACCCAUCAUUCCUUCAACGAAGCGCAAGACACCGUCAUCUCCAGAACUGCUCGCCAAGCGUCGUAGCUCGAAGACGACGUUGACGACCACUUGUCCAACCGUGGCUGCAGCGGCCAUCGAUGACAUUUUUGAGAUGGACAAUGACGAGAUUGUGCUACCACCGCCUGCGGUGUCGGAGACUGUUUCUGCGACCCCGGUUUGGAAACCAUCGCAUGCGCCGAGGGUGGAUAUGAAAGCGCUGAUGGCUGAGGCCGCUGCCUCUCGAAGGACGACGCCAGACUCGGUUCUGCGCUCGAAACCGGCUGCCCCGCGGAUGAAAGCGGCUGAUCCGGGGCCUAGUUCGAAAAGUGGGGCAUCCACGCCGUGGAGAGUCCCAGCCCCAGCCAAACCACUAUCUGGGUCGCCCCCAGCGACGACUUCGCCGCCGAUUACUCCUUCGACCAGUCUCGGGCGUGAUUUCCCUCCGCCGUCACCAUCCACUCCUCCCCGCCCACGUGCUUCGCUCAGCAUUCCGCCCUCGGCAUCACCUCUGGGACCCGUUUUCACCCCAUCGAGACAACCGGCGGCGCGGCCGAACAACGGCAGCCCGACGGUCCGACGAGUCAGCAGCGGAAACACGGGCAAGGCAUGGCAGCCCGCGCCGAUUCUGGCGUCGGCCCUGCCUUCAGCGUCUGCCGGCGCCUCAUUCGUGGCGAUCCAGCAGCUCCAACUUGAGCAGGAACAGGGCGCCUCGAAGGAUAAACGCUCGCUGCGAGAGAUCCAGGCUGAGGAGAAAGCUGCGCGGGAGGAGGUCGAGUUUCUGCGGUGGUGGGCCGAGGAAGAGGCACGGGUCAAGGCUGAGCAGGAGGCCUUGCUUGCGAAGGCACAGAGCAAAGUCUCUGCCCCCUCAUCCUCCUCUUCGCAUAACCGGGGCUCGAAGCGUGGCAAGAAGCCCCGAGAGAAGAAUGCCAGGGCAAUGUUGUCCAGUCCGUCGUGAGGCUGUUACCAUGUACUGCUAAUUUUUGUAGAAUACUCUUUCGAAUUCGACGCUAGUAGAUAUAUGAACAUGCAGGUAUGUAGAUAAAUAACAUGGAGCAAGUCGAAGUUCAAGUAAACGAGUCUCACUGAAGUGAUUUAGUAACUAGCGCCAGUUCGCUGCAGCUGUGACGACGUAUUUAUAUCGGUGGGGGGAAAUUUAUUUUCAACGUGAACAGUACCAGCACCACGCCGAAUAGAUUUCGAGAAUUCACCAUCCAGGAUACAUCACAGUGCUAUUGAUCAGUGACGUAAUACCAGCAACGUGGGAUCGUAUUCUCAACAUUGCCGAGGGUCUCACAACUCACACAGGACUUUGCGGUUGCCCAUGACGCUGUAGCAAAGCGUUAAAUGCGAUCGAUUCGAACGACUCCUGCAAUUCGUCACCAGUGUACUUUAUCAACUCCUCUCUGAGGGCGCAGGUUCAAAUCCUGCCAGCGUCGACUGGCCUUAGUCCUGGAAGCUUUUUUAUCCUGUAUUGUAUGGUGUACAUUCGUACAUACAGAUUCUCAAUCCUUGCGUCAAUGACGUUCUUUCUUAUUGUGCCCGUUUGUUGCGACGCUUUGUAGUCCAUCCACUAUCUGUCGGCUUCGGGGCCGCUGUCUCUGCGUUCUCGGUAGGCUCCUCGGCAGCGUUAUCUGGGACAGUGUCGAUCGGAAUGGUGUUUGCCUCAGGCGGAGAACUAGCUCCAUCCUUGGCUUCCACCUUCGCCUUUUCUUUCCCUCGCUUGUUUGGGCGCCGAGGGGCUCUCCAUCCAUCGGUCGGAGCAGUUUCAUCCUGGGCCUGUAUCUCAGAAGUCGGGGUGGAGAUAGCACUAGGGUUCUGAUCUUCUGUCGUCUCGUCUUUCGUCGCUGAUUUGCGUUCGCCAUGGAACUUGCGUGUAUCACCCCGUUUCGACUUGGCCUCCACUGAGACCGCAGAUCAUUAGUGAGCAUCUUGAGUGGAGAAAACACGCGAGAAACGCACCCUGUGUGCCGGCUUUCUCCGCCCGUGCCCGCUCCUUCUUCAGCUUGGAAUACACCGAGCAGAUGCCCCUCGGGCAAGACUUCCCGUGCUCGGGACACACGAUCGGAGCCUUCUUCGGCUGGCCACCGACUGGCGCGGACGGCGGAGCACGCUCUUUCGCGGUCCCGCUACCCUUCUCCCAUUCAGCGACGAAUGUAUCGGGGUCGUCGAUGUACUCCGGCUCUGGGCCAGGUCCGUACAAUGAACGGGUAUCGGCUUCCGGCCAGGGGGGGAGCGGCGUCGGGGGCUCCGAGAUAUAUUCGUCCACAUCGUCGGGAUCGAAGUCGAUGCGCUGCGAACGAAACUCCUCCUCCAGCUCGACCUGGUCGCUCCAACUCGUGACUUCUGCAGGCAGCGUCCCGAGCUUCGGAAAUCGUUUUCCGGGUACUUCCGGGCUGUCUGUGGCACUGAAGAUGGGCGUAGUUGAUUUUGAGGUGGGAUGUAGAACAGUAUGCCCUCGCAGACAUUCAGCCGUCGAAUUCGCCGGGAUAGCACGCAUUUUUUUCUUGUCGGGCUGACGGGUUGGAAUAACAGCUGACCCGUACUGAACUCGAC